AUGAACGGCGUUUUAUAUUAUUUGGCUUGGACUGACUCGUAUACUUGCGUGCUUGUGAGUUUCGACGCGAGGUCAGAGGAGUUUGAAAUGUUGCAAGUUCCUCGCAAGGCAGGGGAUGUGAUCAUUGCUUCGAAGAUCAUAGCAGAGGAAAUAAAAGGGAGAAACCAACUUAAUCGGGAGUGGAGAGAAGCUUUUGCUAAUGAGUCAGCAUAA